CGUAUCAGCAGCCACCGUAGUCGGCGCUGCGCCCCCACGCUGCAACCCAGUCGAGCGUCAGAAGGCGAGUCAUCGUGCAGGAACGAGGAAACGCCCUCCACCCCGAUUUCUCGCCAAAUACGACAGCGAACCGGUCGUCAUGUCUGCUUCUGGUGAUCAAACAGAGUUGAGGCUGGUCGUGCUGGGCCGCAGCUCGACCGGAGGGCGGUCAGCGGUUUGCGACAUCCUGGGCCUGCAAGACCACCGUCAGGGAAAAGAAGAAAUUUCCACAGAGGAGUGCAGGAAAGACAGAAUAGAAGCCGCCGGCAGACAGGUACUGGUUGUCUCCAGUCCCGAUUGGUUCAGUUCAGACUGCAACCCAGAGGACAGAAGAAGACACAUCUCCUCCUUGAUGACUUUGUCCAGCCUGGGACCGCAUGCCUUCUUGUUGUGCGUGCCUGUGAACCAGCCGGCGGAUGGCGAAAGCAAAGCGCUCGAUGUCCUGGAGAAUCUGUUAGGCCCCUCGGUGGUCAGCGCAAACACCAUCAUCCUCUUCACCAACAUGGACGAGCUCGAGGAGGACGAGAACCUGGAGGAUUACCUCGGCACGUGGCGCAAGGACCUCCGUACGCUCCUGGAAAGAUGCGGCGGUCGAUAUCACACCCUGGAGAUCCGGGCCGGAAAACCGGAGGAGAGCGAAGCCGUUGAGGAGCUGCUCCAGAAAAUUGAGCGGGUGGUCAAAGAGAGCGAGGAUCAGUACUUUAGCUGCCCUCUGUAUCAGGAAGUUAGUGAACAAGUGAGGAAGAAGCAGCUGGAAAUCGUGAGACGCAGGAGGGAAGAAGAAGCACACGCUGACCCUUCUUCAAUCGCACACUCGGAGGUGACUGAUGACGACAUGGAAGCAGUCCUGGAAGAGGCCGAAAGAAGCAUCGGAGUCCUGAAUUUGGACUUGGAUCAUGUUUUUUACUCUUCCAGGAUCUCGCCUGCCUCUCCCGCCGCCUCUUCUCUCCGAGUUUUGUGGGAGAAACUGGUGGGAUGGUUGAAGUGGCUGCCCACUCUGGUGAGAAGGGAGGCCUUGCUUGGAGCUCUGGUCGGGCUCUUUGUUGGUGGGCCCGUUGGAGGCAUUGUGGGGGCCACCGUGGGCUCAGUUGCGACAGAAGUGGGCAGGAGGAAAGCGCAGAAAGCAAAAUAAUCCUGAUCGUACGAGUUGGACGCUGCGUCUUUUGUGUCUUUUCGUUUGCACUUUAGAAUCUCUUCAGUGUGCCGCUAAGCUAACCGGCUCACGUGACCUGCUGCAGUGUGGAAAGCAGCUUCUCAAUAACACACCACAUGUCAUUGCUUCUUUAGCGGUGAUGAAAGCAAUUAAUAAAAGCAGUUUACUUUGC